AUGAUCAAGAAGAAAAACUACAUCUGAACUUUGUCUUCAAUUUUAUUUCGUAACAGGUGUCUAAAUGGAGGUGACGGAUGAACUAAUCAGUGACAUGGUUCGAGUUAAGGUUGGGAGUUGGACGAAAGACGAUGUUGGGGUUUGGAGAUUCUCUCCCGCGGAGGGACAAGUUGGAAAGAACAUUCGGUUCCGAGAAGGCGAUGGUGUGGAAGCAGCUAAGACGAAGGUCGUAGCCGAGUUUAACAUCGACCGGCAGAGAGAGAAGGUGGAGCUGACUUACGAAAUGCCUGAAUGGAUGGACGUCGACGGUGGUGUCAAACCUGUGCCGAUUCACAUAGUGUCAGACGACGACAUGGACAUGUUCCUGGCGAUGCGUGUAGACUUACACGAAAUGAAGCUGUAUGUCGUUCGGAUGCCGAUGAAUAUGACGCUCGAGAUAGAUGGCUUCAAAAUGGUACCUUUGAUAGACGAGUUUGCGUUUAGUGAGGUCAUGAGUAAGGAGGAGUUCGCUAAAGAAAACAGACGGAGGCUUGACAAAGAGGCCGGCGACAACAUAAUCUGCUCUCAAGUACCGAGGGAACACAUAGGAGACAGCGGGGAUGGACCCCUAGGGUGGAUAGGGGGUUCUUACGCAGCAAGCGGAUUUCCUACGCUUUCGGCAGCUUGUAGACAUUACAAAGCGGCUUCCGAGGCGGUUCAGUAUCAUGGAUCACCGGCCAGUGUUCUGGAACCUCAGGGAAGCUCAUCCUCCGACGAUAACCGUGUCACAAGAUUGACAAGAGAUUUGUUCUCGGAUUUUGAAAGAGCUGCGACUUCAAGCGGAGAUGUACGCAGCCCAUCGGAAACACAAGCCGCCGGAGAAGGACAGGGCGAUGGAGCUGAGCUAAACAAUGGGAAUGAGGUUAUCCCUAACAGUAACACAGAGCAGCAGAAUGAACCACCCGAAACUGGGAUGUUAAGGUUGCUAAGCCUUCCUGUACACACUUUUGCGAGGGACGCAGCCCCCGUGUUAGACGAGAACGACCCAGAUGGUUCAGAAAGAACAAGACUUGUCGUGCUGGAUGUUGACUACGAAGGGGACGAGUUAUUCGUGGGACGCGUGUUCAAGAACAGAGAUGACUGCAGAGUCAAACUCGCUGUCCAUGCUAUCAACCGGAAAUUUAGUUAUCGUAAUGACCGCACCACCAACGACGUGGUGUACCCAAGAGCAAGCCACGGGGCUUGUAUCGUACAUCUGCAGAGGAAUGUUGCUGCAAAGUUUAAGAAGAGGAUACUUGCUACCCUCAUUUCGAAAGCGGCAAGAGCAUUCCGGAAAUCAACAUUCAACGAGUAUUUUGAGGAAAUAGAGAGGGUUUCACCUGGCUGCGCCGAGUAUUUGAUGUCAAUUGGUCUUGAGCAUUGGACUAGGUCACAUUGCUAUGGGGAUAGAUACAACAUCAUGACUUCUAACGUGGCUGAAUCAUUAAAUGCAGUUUUAAAGGAAGCAAGAGAGCUACCUAUCGUGUCUACGCUAGAGUACAUUAGAGGGACUCUAAUGACGUGGUUUGAGAAACGUCGGGGAAAAGCAGCGCAACACAAGAUGGACCUGACCCCGAAGGUUGAGGAAAUAGUGCAAAGGAACUACGAACGAUCAACCUGCUAUGAAGUAAUCAAGAUCAAUAACGAGCAUUACGAGAUCAAGACAACAACUGGUCUAUCUUAUCUUGUGGAUAUCCAAAAUAAGACUUGCACAUGCGCAGAAUUCAACUUGCUAAGGAUCCCUUGCAGCCACGCAAUUGCAGCAGCAGUUCGUUGUGAUUUGAAGGUGCCUCUACUGGCGGCACCGCAAUAUGGGACAUUCUUCUGGAGUCUUGCUUACAAUGGAAAUAUCAAUCCGGUACCCGACUUAAGCACGCUACGUGAGGUUCCAGAUGGGAUAUCAACAAGGACGGUUCUACCGCCAAUAACACGAAGGCCACCAGGUAGGCCAAAGCGUACUAGAUACCUUUCAACUGGAGAAUUUAAGACGCCGAAGAAGAAGGCGAAGCGGAGCUGGGAGGAGAUGAGUGAAAUGUCGGAAGGGGGAUCUAGCUCAACAACAAGAGGUAAGAGCUCUGUAUUGGAGGAUGGCGUCUACGAAUGCGACUGCGGGAAGGCGGCGCUAGUCCGACAAUCAUGGACAGACGCAAAUCCAGGUAGGCGAUUCUAUAGGUGCGGAGCCGGUUGGAAAAACAUCUGCAACUACUUUCGGUGGCGCGAUCUUGAGAAACCACAUGGAUGGCAGAAAAUAGCACUUUUGGAAGCAAGGGACUUGAUAAAGUCACAAGCAGAGGAGCUUACAAAGCUUAGAGCGAUUGUUGGGGGCCAAGAAGCAAGGAACACAGAGGACGAAGGGAGCGAGCUCCUUCGUAGGUUGGAAGACAUGGAAAAGGAGAAUAUGGCUCUACGAAGUUAUGUGAAGGCAAGCGCGGCGAAGGAUCAAACCAUCCGUCAGGUGGUCAUUAUCUCUUGGAUAGGUUUUGCUUGUGUCGUGGCAACAAUAGUUCAUGCAUUAAAGUAGCAAAACAAAUGGACCAUCGCUAUCAUCAUCAUUCCUAGCUUGCUGAAUUCUAAAGUUUGUACUAUGUUAAUCUUCGUAUGAAUGUAUGACAAAAACUCUUGGUUAGCUAUCUAUCAAACUUAUAAUUCUGAUACCAUGUAUCUAUGGAUAGGUACAUAUAUCCAUAAAUAUCCUGCUCCGGU